ACAGGUUCCAUGAUCUUGUACGUCAUGAUAGGUCAUUGGAGGACCAAUCACAGCCUAUUUCACAGACGUAUCCAUGGCAACAGUGCGAGGUGAAAACGCACAUCGCCCUCGCCAAGAAUCACAAAGUUGGAGGAGACACCGUCAAAAAUGUGAUCAACGUUUUUGGAUACAGGAAGAAUUUGACGUUCCUUUUGCCAAAACCCUUCAAAAGCAGCAUAGCAUAUCCACGUAAUAUGACUUCAAAGAAUCUCAUGCCGCUGCCAAAUAAGGGCAAAGCAGACAUCUGGGUAUACCAUACCAUAUUCGAUAGUCAAAAGUUUCACAGCAUGUUCUCUAGCAAUGCAGUCUACAUCACAAUACUUCGAGAACCCCUCAGCCAGUUGAAGUCAGUAUGGAAUUAUUACAAACUCUCAAAGAAGUUCAAUAUCAGUGAAGAGGGAACAGAUGGCAUUGCAAAAUUCUUGGACAAUCCUGGGAAAUACGACAUGGCGUGCGGCCACGGUGCUCGCUAUCCCUUCUGUUUCACCAGGAAUUCCGUAGCAGUGGAUCUCGGAUUCUCAAUGCAAGAAAACAUGGACACACCUUCUCUCGAAGAUCAAGUUCAAAGACAACACAAAUCGAAAGCGUUCGUUCGCCAAAUCGAAGAACAUUUUUCCUUAGUUAUGAUAAUGGAACAUUUUGACGAAUCGUUGGUUUUGUUAAAACGUGAGAUGUGCUGGACGCUGAAGGAUAUCCUUUAUUACGUAGCGAAUACUCGGAGCUACACAUGGCGACAACAUAACCUGCCAAAACUCCAGAAGGAACAACACAAACAAUGGAGUUACGUUGACUACGCUCUGUACGAAUACUUCAACACGAGUCUUUGGAACAAAAUAGGACAAGCUGACAAUGACUUCAACGGAGAACUCGGGUUCUUCAGACACGUGAACGCGAAGAUGAAGAAACAUUGCGAUCACUUAUUGAGAGGAGAAGCUUGCUCUGUUUACGGUUCUGUUUUGAAAAUUAACGAAUCAAGAUGGAGUCCCGGUUUUGACAUUGGUAGAGAAGAUUGUGAACUCAUCAAGCGAACGGUGCAAUGCCACUUCGCUCUUCAAGCCGAGAGAGCAAUCAGAGCUGUUGGAGAACACCAACACAUUGAUCCAUCGAAGUACCAGGGAAGCAGGCACCGAAACAAUGAGUUUAUGGACUCUGUAAAACCAUACUGUGUUUACUGUAACCCGCAGAUAUCAUACUGCUCUAUGUUUGAUUAUCUAACGCAUUUUUAUAUAGACGGUUUGAUACAGGAAACAAAGUAUUCCAUCUUGAGAGAACGGUUCUUUCCCUACUCACAACAGAAUUGUUAUAUGAAGCAAACUGUCCUGUAUCCCGACGACUGAAAUAUCUCUAUUCAACUAUACCGUGAAACGAAUUACGUCGAUCACUAGUACUAAAUUAAAGUACGGAAAACAAUGUGAUCUGAAUGCAUUAAAACGUUAUCUGUUCAAGGCAUCAAUGAAGGAAAAGCUGGUCUGUCAGGCUAAGUUUUAUUUUGUGUUGGUCACGAGUUUUCAAUGGUAGAAAACUUAAAGCUAGAAUACUCUUUCUACAUAAUCUCCAGGCCAAUUUACGAGUUGCAUAAGAUAGUAUCAAAGCUGGCUAAGGUAUAGCUGGUCAAAGGGAGUCAGACACGCUCCUAGGCCGGCUUCACUCCUCUGGCAGCUUUUGAUACUAACUUGUGCUACCGUAAGAUCUGCUUGGGGAUUAUUUCUACCCUGGUGGCGUACAGGUACACAAAUCUUAUCCAACUAUUUUGAAUUACUUAUAAACUUGGAGUUUUAACCUUAGUCAGUUAAGCUAACUCUGUUUAUUUCUAGCUGUCUUAAAGAGAGUUAUAUCAUUCGAAAAGUAAUAUUGAUUACAUGUAAAGCUUCUAUAUGAAUAACUUACGACACUGGAAAAAUGGCAAUACAAUGUAUAUGGAGACAACGACCA